UGGGAUGUUCUAUUCUGCCUGUUGAGGCAUGACAUCGAAAACCAGGAUAGAACAUCCAUUAGAAGUUCCUGCAUGCAAUCCAGCGUCUGGAUAUGCUUGACGUAUUUUCCGAUCGCCGACGGUUCCGAACCUCUCGCGCGAGUUCGGUGGGUGGCGACUACGACCCUACAUCACCCCCAACACGCUGCAGAAGGUCCUUCGUCUACUUCAACUGGAGGUUCAAUCACCUUCCAGCCUUUUUCGUUACUGUCUCGCAUGUAGCGCAGCUUGAAAACUAAAAAAAAGAAAGAUGUACAACGAGAUCAUGUUGCGGUAAAACGUGAACCAUUGCUCGCUGGCUACGUGUCAUCGACAUUUCGGCAUCUUUUAAUGGUUACAGUACCGUGCUGCUGUGCUCAACGGCAGAGGUUCGAUACCACCGUCGGUCACGCACUGUUUUCUUUGUUUAUAUUAAAGCGAGGCGAGACAGGAACCUACCUUAUUCUACCUACCUAUACCUGUCUGUCGCAAAGUGCAGGAAUUCAGUAACCAGGCUGAAGGAAUCCAGUAACUCCCAGCGUAUCCUUCUUUUACGAGUUCCAGGUGUUCGCGUUAUGAAACUCUUUGGUGCGCAUCGCAAGCGAAGAGGGAGAAGACAAAGAAGAUUGCGCGCUCGAGAGUGGACGAGCCAUUCGAAACUCAACAAAGCUGUUCACACCGCGCAUAAGAGGGCAAACAGACAUGCCGAUCAGCAGCGUCUCACCAGGUUUCUACGAGUGGACCAUGUCCGUUCCCCGCGAACUGUGGAACCCCCAGCACCCGGAGCUGCUGCUAGCGGCGAAGCCGUACGCCGAGGUCGAGCGUGUCCUGGGCUACACUUUUCGUGACAAGGGUUUCCUACUGAUGGCUUUCACCCACGAGUCGUUUCCGCCGGCUUCUCGCAUCGUCCCGGGAUACAUGCGUCCUUUGGACUUCAUGGGCGACGCCCUGCUGAAGGAACUGCUUACCGUCCACUUGUACGGGACCAUCUAUCCCCUGACGCCGAAGGCGCUCCACGAGACGCGCAAGCGCCUCGAGAGCAACCGCUUCUUCGGGUACGUGGUGGUCCACCACGGGAUGCACAAGCUGCUCCGGUCCGCGUCCUCCGCGCUCAGCGAGGACAUCGUUGGAUACGUGAGGAAACUGAGGGACGGGGAGUAUCCGGGCUUCCGAAUCGGUGCUCCUCCCAAGCCCCUGGCGGACGCCUUCGAGGCCCUGGCAUCAGCCGUGUACUUGGACUCGGACCAGAGCAAGGCUACCCUGUGGCGUUCCUUUUUUCCCCUGCUGCGGCGCCAGAUCAGCGUGGAGCUCCAGAAUACCGCUGCCAUAGCCACAAGGAGGCGCAGCUCUACGACCAGCGGCAGCGAGUCAUCCGAUGAAUAAACACCGCUCGCCGGAUGGUUAUUUCCCGCCUAAACAGUGACGCAUUGAAUUCGCAUUUCCACUGCAUAACUAUCCCGUAGUCUACUUUCCAUGAAAAUAAAGAAAAAUAAGCGUCUUCACAUGGGGCUUCUUCGUUAGACAUAGUACGA